GAUGUCCAACAAGCCAAAGCCCGAAACGAAGGUCGUGGUGCUGAAGGGCCAAGAAGCGGAGGACACGGUUCUCGCGUACAUCAAACGGAUGAAUCGCCCCUUUGGCGCAGUUGAUGUCGCCGCGAAUCUGAAGGGCGCAGUCCCGAAGACGGCGACGCAAAAAAUUCUAGCUGCACUGGCAGAGAGAGGAGAACUGGUACAGAAGACGUAUGGCAAGACAACAUUCUUCGUCGCCAAUCAGGCAAAUCUCGAGGACAUGCCUGUGGAGAAGCUGAAGCAGCUCGAGAACGAGCACAAGGCCGUCGAAGAGGCUAACAAAGCGCUUACGGCCGAGCUGAAGGCUACGAACAUAGAACUCGCUAAGCUGAAGAUAACACCUACGGACGACGAGCUGGAAACCCAGCUACAUGGGACUGCAACCAAGAUUAGGAAGUGCACCGCCCACCUCGAGCCACUGCGUUCAGGAUCGUCGCUGGUCUCCGCCGAAGACCUCGCGCAACUUGACAAGGACUGGACACAAUGGCGCGCCGAGUGGGUGCGGCGCAAGAAGGUCUUCAAUACGUUCUGGGCUCUGGCGACCGACCCGCUGACACCGCAAGAUGCCUCGGCACUCGCUGAGGAUCUGGGUGUUGAGAAUGACACGAGCGAGCAUACGGCGCUAGAAAAGGGUCCGCUGUGCACACCUGCGUCGGUGCUGGGAAAGCGCAGUCGAUGAUAAUUUAGCGUCUGUUCGUGAAAGCCUAGAGAGCACGCGCUGUAGUAUAUACUCGAGUGCAAUGUGGACAUGCUGGUAUACUUGUUUGAAUUUUCGUUGAACACAGACAUGUGGAGGAGCCCGCUCGUGCGAGCAUCACGAGUCGCCCUUGACAAGCUACACAGCCUGCAUUCUGGACGCGUCGGCAGAAGGACAUGCCAGAACAUUGGGCACCAUCAAUGAGUGCGACGUCGACAAGGCAACAAUGACGUUAAGGCGACAAGAAGAUAUUUUUGUGAUCGUAGAAUACGCGGCAGAGUAAUAUACGCGAGACGCGAUCGAGAGACAUGCCCGGUCAUACGCAGAGAGAGAAACGCAACGCGGGGCGUGAUGAGCAGAUAAAUGGUAGAUGUAUGCACUAGCCUAAUCAUCGCUUAAAGGCUCAGGCUCACUGGUGGCGGUCUCAUCGCCGGAUUUCUUGGCCUUGGCCUGCGGCGCCUUUUCAGCCUUCGGUUUGGGUUCUUGGCUGCGCUUUGGAUUUUCUGGCGCAUCCUUCCAAAGCGCACCAACCUAGAGAAACACGGUGAAGUUAGCAGAUGCUGAAAAGAGAGAAUAGUGGGCGCAUACAGCCUUCAUGAUAUCCUUUUGGAGAACAUCGGGGUGUUCUUCUUUAUAUUUCCUGAGGUUCUCCUUCAUCCAUAGAUUGUAUGCACUUGGGGCGCGGGUGCCUGAGGACGAAGUCAGUCGG